GCUCAGUUCCCACCCUCUGGCGCUCGAUCAGCGUUCCACAGCCGCUCUGGAUCUAUGGUGCCGCCCGUUGACCUCUCCAGCCAGCCGCUGCUGUCGCUCAGCGACCCCCUGGGCGAUCUCGGGCUGCCGCCGCCGCUGCCAUUGCCGGCGGACGGCGGGGAGGAGGGUCUGGGAGAUGGCGAUGAGCGCGUGGAGCUGCCGCCGCCGCCCGCGCUGGCGCUCCCCGCGCCUCUCGUGCAGGCGCUGCAGCAGCACCAGCGCCCGCAGCACCAGCGCCCGCAGCAGCAGUAGCUGUCCAUGCCGCCGUCACGCGCAGUGUCCAUACCGCAGCAGGGCAGCGUGGCGCGGCGAUGGCGGUUGCGGCGGGCGCCGGGGGGGGGGGGGGGGCUGGGGCGCGUGCGGCAGGGUCGUCUCGCGCAUCGACCUCGGCUGGGGCUGGGUGCUGGCAGUUCGGGUCAGAGCGGGGAGGGCGGUGAGCUGCGUGUGGGGUCUGAGCCGCCCGCUGGUGGCGCUGGCAGCAACGCUGAGCCCAUGAGCAUGUCGCAGCAGUGUGCUGUUUCUCUGUAACGGAAUGCCGCC